UUUUCUUUUGGCUAAAAUUUUAUAUUUUUUUUAAAGUGCUUCGGCUAAAAAAUUUAUAUUAACUAUGGAUUAUAUAAACAACUAUGCGCAAAUCGGAGGAUAUGGAAUGUCCAUGCCCCCACCCCAGCUGUAUUAUCCCGAGAUGAACGGCAGCAAGGGAUAUGAACAGGGAUCCGCAAUGGAUACAAUGAGUCCACGAUACGAUAGCUAUUAUAAGGAGAAUUAUAAUCGGAAUGAGGAGCGUGUUCGAAAUGUUCAUAGCAAUUAUUAUGAUGGAGGAGAUUAUAAACACGGCCAAAAGAAUGAAGCCAUUGAUCUUAAUCAUUUCUAUGACGGAGGAGAUUUCAAGCAUCCCCGGGAGAAUUUGCGGAAUAACCACAGCGUGGACUACGGUUCCCAGCAUUACGUAACGAACAGCGCUUCCGGAUAUCGUAGCUUUGCCCGACAAAAUCGUCGCGACAGGGAGAUGCAGGCUCGUAACGGUUUAUACUUUCCAAGGGAUAGCUGUAGUAGACAAAAUGAGUAUCCCUCAUAUAAUGAUGAUAUUGGGCAUUCAAGUAGCAGAAACUCGUAUUGGCAGUGAUCAAGUUAAUUCAUAUAAUAAUAAUUGAAUACACGUAUAUACAUAUUUAAAAUGAAGUCAUACUCGUUGUACUUGGUCCUUUUGGGUUAUGUGAAUGUGCGCAAAUAAUUGACCAACCGAAUAUCGUCUAAAUAGAUUCUCCUAUGUGAUUUUUAUCGUUGUUAGAUGAUAUUAAAGUACACAAUAUGCAUUGCAUUUUCUUAGAUAAAA